AUGGAGGCGCAACAGGAGCUCGUUGCGUACUGCCACAUUGUUGCACGAAAUGAAGCGUCGUGGAAAGGAUUGUCGCUUUGGGGUCGUACCAUGUGUAUAAGCACGGGAAUGGGGGCUGCUGCUGUUUUUGAAAGAGGCGAUUCCUGUGAUGAGCUAUAUUCAAUGCCCGGAAAAUAG